UCAAAAGAAAUAAAUAUAUAAAUAGAGACUUUAUACUUGUGUUGCCAUAUAUAAAUAACUGGAACGUUGCCUCUAAAAUCCAACGUCUAUAUCUUCAUCUUCUUCCGAAACAAUUUAUUAGGCAAGUUGAAAAAAGAAAAUGGAAUAUUCCUUAAAGAACCAAAACAUCAAAUUAGAGAAAACAAAGGCUUUGCUAAGCUACAAAAGGCGUCAAAGAAUGACAAUGUUGUUCCGUUUCAUGGAAUUCUGCAUAUUUUUGGUUAUAAUGUCAAGAUUCUCCACUCAAUUUCCAUUCGGUUUCAAGCUGUCGACAGAUUAUUUCAAGGGAGUUGGUGUCACCCUCAUUAGUCCUCUAUUCGCUUUUGUUCUUGGAAACGCGAUUGUUAUCAUCCUUUUCUUGAAAUCAGGACAGUCGUCUGCUAAAGUUGAUUCAACGAACAACGUUAAAAUCGAUUUGUACGAUGAGUACAAACAAAAAUGUUGGGUGAACAAAGAGGUUUAUUGUGAACAGAUCGAAAAGCAGAGUAUUCAUGUAGAAAAAGCUUAUUGUGAACAGAGUAAGAAACAGAGCAUUCUGAGACAGAAACAACUAGCAGAAAAGAAACUCGACCGCAGCCAUUCAGACAGCUUUACUAGUUUGUCUCAUGAUGAGAAGCCUCGAAGAGAAUUGGUCCGGUCGGCUACAGUGGGAUGCUUGAAAGUUAUACACACUGACAAUAUAAAGUCGAUGGAGGAUGAAAUGAGCAACGAAGAAUUCAGGACAACUGUUGAAGCAUUUAUCGCAAGACAACAAAGAUUCUUGAGGGAACAAGAGUUACUUUCACCUGUCGUAUCAGUGAAAAAGAAAAAAUGUUGACAAGACAUAUGUAAAUUAAAUAGCAAAGAUAAAUUUGUAUGGAAUAUUAGAUUUGUCCGUCCACUUGUAAUAUGAUUUGUAAUGUUUAAAAGCACACUAGUCCUAUUUCUUUAUA